AAAGCUUUUUUUGAGCGGUUGAACUCGCUUCUUCUCCCAUCGGACGGUGGUACAACUUUAAACAAAUCCCAUUGAAAUGCUGUGAUAAUAAUACGGAGUAAUAUCAAUCUCCUCUCUGCGAUUAGGGUUCUUUUCUUCUCGCAGACAAGCUGGUUCGGAUAUGGUAAAUACUCAUAAAUUUUUAUUCCUUGCUAUCUCUUUUAUGCGCAUGACUUGUUUAUGUUUCUUAGCCAGUCGCUGUAAUUUGACCGAUGCUUCAAUUUGUUUUCUUUCGCAGGCUGAUUCUCCCCGAAAAAGGUAUUCACGAUCUCCUUCUCCAUGGGGAGAAAGGUCUCGCUCAAGAUCAAGGUCAAGGUCUCGCUCUAGGUCAUGGUCAAGGGAAAGGGGACGGUCUAGAAGUCGUGACAGGAAUGCUCCUCCUAAUCCUGGGGACACCCUCUAUGUUACUGGUUUAUCUUCUAGAGUUACAGACAGGGAUCUUGAAGAACAUUUCUCCAAGGAGGGAAAGGUGAAAUCAGUGUUUCUAGUUGUGGAGCCACGGUCCCGGAUCUCUCGAGGAUUUGCUUUUGUAACAAUGGAUAGUGCUGAUGAUGCGAAUCGCUGUGUUAAACACCUCAAUCAAUCAGUUCUCGAAGGUCGAUAUAUAACUGUAGAGAAGUCCCGAAGGAAACGUCCAAGGACUCCAACACCUGGGCACUAUCUUGGGCUCAAGAGCACCAGGGGUGAGGGUUAUCGUGGUGGUGAACGUGGGAGGUAUCGUGGCUACAAUGACUACAGCUAUCGAAGGUCACCGCCAAGGCGUUCACCGCCUAGGCGUUCACCACCAUAUCGAGGUGGAAGGGAUUAUUCGCCUAGGCGUUCACCAUACGGGGGAAGGUCAAGAAGGGAUCGGUCCAGGUCAUAUUCUCCCUAUCAUCACAGUCUUGAUAGGAACUAUGCUCGAGGUGGAAGAUAGGAUCUCUCUUCAUGGAUUUGAUCUGUUUCUAUGUGUACCUUAUGAAAGGACCCAUUCACAAGGGCUUUCUAGCUGAGUUUGUCUUAAAUAUUUGUUGAAGAUCAUGAAUGUUGAUGCGUGUUUUCUCUUACAUAGCUUCAUGCCCGCUGUCAUGCUUUAAACUUUUAAAAGAAUAUUCUAAAAAAAAGCAUUAACAUUUUGAUGUGUAACAGUGUAAGCAUCAAGUUAUUUGUGUUUAUUGUUGUCGAGAACUUGUAUACCCGUCAAGUGUUGUUGUCUUGCAUUCAUAGGUGAAGUAAAACUGUGGAAUAUGUGGGAGAAAAGUUGCAGUUUGAUUUUAUAUGGAGUACUGAAUGUUCACAUAAAUGUUUGGAAAUAAUUACAUCAAUUC